GCAUGAUCGUGCGAUGGAGCAGAAGAAGACGGUUAUCGUGACAGGCUUUGAGCCGUUCGGUGAACAUGCUGUCAAUGCCAGCUGGGUGGCAGUACAGGAGCUGGAGAAACUGGGUUUGGGUCACGAUAUAAACCUUCAUGUCGCUGAAGUUCCUGUGGAGUAUCAGGCGGUCCAGAGUCUUCUGCCGUCUCUAUGGAAACAGCACCUUCCUCAAUUAGUGGUCCAUGUCGGAGUGUCCGGGAUGGCCACUACAGUAACGCUUGAACAGUGUGGGCAUAAUCAGGGUUACAUGCGUCUCGACAACUGCAGUUUCUGUCCAAAAUCCCGCUGCUGUUUGGAGGGAGGACCGGACUGCAUUCAUUCUGUCAUCGACAUGGACACGGUCUGUAAGAGACUCAACUCCUCUGGGCUCGGCGUCUCUGUGUCUGUAUCAAAGGACGCCGGCAGGUAUCUGUGUGAUUACACCUACUACAAGUCUCUGUUUCUGGGCGAGGGCAGGUCUGCGUUUGUGCAUGUUCCUCCUCUAGGGAAGCCCUACAGCGCGGAGCAGCUCGCUCAGGCCCUCAGGGCCGUCAUCCUGGAGAUGCUUGAACUGAUGGAGCACAACAAGGGAAAUUCACUCUUGGACUCAAGAGUUCAUGCACAUUUGAAGACAUCCGUGUCUUAACUUGUGUGCUACAUACUAGGAUCAAUCAGCUGGUUUAAGAUGCAACUUGUGUGCUAGACUCAAUCCUACGGCUGCGUUCAAAGAGUCAAGAAAGCACUUUAAUGGGGUACACUUGAAACAUGCAGAGAUUUGGUAUUAUGCAUAAAAAAGACUUAGAAAUACCGUUCUGAUGUGAAAACACUACGUAUACAUGUAGAUCUUUGAACCAUAUUUCGAAAAUGAUUUUUUUUAAACAGUUAAGGCAGAACUAGCGUUUUCUCUUGCUGUCUUAUUUCUAAAAUCAUUGUUCACCGGAUUAAAUAUUAAGCCAUUUAAACCAGGGUUAUUAUAAUUAAUCA